GCGAUCGGAUGUUUUACACGGAUUGUGAUUCGCGAGAGCGACUCGCACGGCGAAUACAACUCGUACAAGAUGAUGGAGAUUGUAGACGUGGUGCAAGGCCAGGGUCAGAAUCAGCCUCCAUACAGCGUUAACAAGACCCUGACAGACAAGUACCUGGUACUCAAGUAUGGAGCACUUGAGCGCGACUACUCGAUGGAGACCAUUUCCAAUAGCCCGAUCAAACUCGAGGAAUUCAAUAGCUGGGAGAGCGUGUUGCGCGCCUGACCGAAUCCGCGAGCGCCCUACAUCGUCGGACGUAGCAAGAAAGCGGGAGGCACUCGACAAGGCUAGCAGCUACCAGCUUACAGACAAGGAUAUCACUGAUAUGGUUAGCGAGCGCAACCGUCUUGCCCAGCUGGUUUCUUCUGGCACCACGCUGAACUCGGCACUUGAGCGUGCAAAGCUCCUGCAGCGCCGAAUGGAGGCCCGCCAGAACAACAACUGGGAGAUGAUAGAGGAGAUCGACAAGCGGCUGGAGGACCUCGCGAAGAACGGCACUGGCAAGUCUGACACUGCAGGCCCACGUACGACUGGUGGGAACAAGAUCCUUCUGGCACCAUCCACAUCAUCUCGUCAUGGAGCGCCGGACGGCACACACACGCCAGCCAGACGCAAUAGGCUGCUGACACCGACACCCAGGAACAUCGGCCAGCUCACAACAUCUGGCGCUGGAGCCAGGCACGGCGAGACAAGCAGAGCCAACGGUUUCCCAACUGUGCCGCAGAUCAGAGUGCCAGAGCUGUCGCUGAGAUCCAAGACCACGCCUGGAUUUGUUGACAUGAUGGCCAAAAACGGCGGUUUUGACAUGAGCUUCCUCCAGGUGUAGCUGGUUUUUGAACCCAUAGAGGUGGAUAUGAGCAACAUGCGUGUGCCAGCUCGCAUAUUUUUUUACCAGCAUCAACGCAGGAUCCUUGACUUUUCCGAACACUCUAUUUAUAAGACUAAGGACAUUUAUGUGUGGAAUACAGCUGCUGAUCCAGCGAAAGCAAUAUUUCUCCCCAGUGACGACUACACCAAGAUCUGGGCAGAGCUGACCACAGCCAAC